AUGCCCAUCCAAUUCCGCACACAUUCUGCCAUCGUGGGCAAAUUCGACCACAUCCGGCAGAACAAUCAAUGUCUUCUACUUCCAGCCCCAAAGAUAGCUCCACGUCAGGAAAUCAUUCGACUUUCUCCGGCAUUCGAGGAGCUAAAAGCAGGGUCCCCUCGUGAUUCGGGAGUCAAUGAACCGAACAGGUCUGGCGUGAAAGGAGGUGUGCAGAGACGUAAUCCCUCGGAGAACAUCCCACAUGCGGCGAAACUUUCGAGUGAAUAUCGUGAGAAAGGCGCCAGCAAAACUGUUGAGCACGUGGGUAAUAGGAACACUCAUCGGCGGACCAAGGAACAGCAAAACGGUGGCUUGUGGUGGCUAUCCGCCCGCGCGGCAGUCGUCGGAGUGGUUGCCUUUCCCGGCGAAUUCUGUCAGCCGGGCGUCCGCGGAGUUUUGCUCUCUCUUAUUAUCCACCGGGACGGUAGUUUCCCACACCCUCCUCAACCGCGAAAUCGACGCACUUUCCUUUCAAUCCAGACUGUGGGCGCGGAGAGAGAAAUAACCAGCAUCGAAGGAUUCGGCAGGCUGAGCGGCGCGGGAGGGACGCCCUUCCGCACAUCGCCUGCCUUCUUCAUGGUUCGGCCUCUUGGAUGGAUCGCCCUACGAAACGGCUUCCUUUUCCAAGUGAUAUCAGAAAGGGUGGGGGAGGAGGAUCUACACUCCGAUGCCGACAAGCUCCGAGCGAGUGUGAUGAAAAACGCCCCAGAGACGAUCAUGAAGCUAGCUAUCGGUUUACACAAAUCCUUCAAACGGAAGGACGAUCAUCCCGUUUCCCGCGCCGCCCCUAAGAUAAGAUUCUCCCGAAUAGGAAAGAGCAAUGACAAGAAGCAUGGCAAACAAGUAAACACGCGCAACGCUUUCCUUUCUGCCAAGAUGAAAAAGGAGAAUGUAAGAUAUUUCCUGAACCGGCCAUCAGAACCGCGUGGCACAAGGCCGACGGGAGGAAUGAGGGCGUCGGCGACUAGAGAAUGGAAAGGAAGAAGAUCGUCCCUCCUCCCAUCGGCAUCGGCACCUUGCCGUACCUCCCUCCUCCCCGCUUACCCCGCCGAGCGCUCUCCCUCCCUCCCUCCCGGCGGCGGGACGAUCCUCCCCCGGACGGGACGAACGGGAUCCGAUCACACACGCGCGCACUUCCCUAAACCGAUGGACGAGAUAAACAUUAUAUCUAAUAUCCACCUAUCCUGCAUACGUUGCCUCCCUUUCCAUGAUUCCGAAGCCAUCGUCAAAAGCAGAGAAGCAACGAGAGAGAAGCUUCUCACUAAGAGAAAAAACAACGACGACGAUGGCGGCGGCGGCGACGGCACACUGGCUGGCCGUACACAUAUUCACAAGGCCAGAGACGGGAGGCUAGCUCACCCAGAAACAGAACCCAAUCACUACCUAAUUCAGCAAUGUCUCAAAUGUCGUGACUGUCCCCCCAUCGCCGCGCUGCCCCGGGGCUACAUCUUUCCGUGUAUCCGGGAGUCGGCGUGUAUGGGUAACCUAGAGUGCCCAAGAAAGGUGUACCGCAGGCAGCCUCCCUUGGAAGAGAAAGCUACCACAACGAUCAAGGCUCGAAACGACGCAAGAACCGCGGUAAAACGGGUGAAAAGAAUCCGUGUCCGUGUUUACCUGACUACACCUCUCCUCAUCUGCCGCCAUCACGUAAAGUCAACAACUCCAUACCAUUUCCGGCGAUUAUCGGUUCAGACGGUUGAUCCCUUUGCACAGUCAGCUGCGUUACCAGUCGGCAGUAGAAGAAGUCUCGAAGGGGGACAAACCAUGUGUCUCUUCCUCUACGUAAGCUCUGGUGACGACGCCGAAGAGGAGUACCUAAACGAAAGAAGGAGACUGCAGUCAGUACGCGAACCUGGCCAAACACUACCCACCGACGACCAGAACGAAACGGAACCAACGUUCCCAGCUUUAUCUCGAUUCCCGGGCUUGCGGUUCAGCUGCUGCUUGCUGCUUAAACUCAUACCCAAUCCCCGGAUUUCGUACCCGGAAAUCUUAUUCAAAGUGGCUUUGGAGGGAGGCAAAAACCCGGGAAGCUGGAAAGUGUUCCAGCACAGCCCCGAUGGAGGGGACAAGAUGAGAGACACUCUGCUACUCGUCCCCCCGAUGAGCUUGUGGUUCCACGAAAAAGAUCACCACGACGAAGUGAGAGGCUUCCCGACGGGCGUCUGCUCUGGUUUCUGUGCCUGGUGUUCUGCUUGCCCGGGCAGCCAAGACUUGCGUUCAAAAGGGCAAUAG